AUGCCAAUUGAUGUCUUUGAUGAAAUAUUCUGGACAUUAUCGAGGAAAACCAUAGCGAGGUGUCGUUGCGUGUCGAAGCUGUGGUCUUCCAUUCUCGGCCGUUCAGAUUUCAGUGAUUUGUUCUUGAAAAAGUAUUCGGCUUGUCGGCAUCUCUUGUUCGCCUUCAAACUCAACGGUAAGUGGCUCUUCUUCUCGUCACCUCAACCUCAAAAUCUAGACGAGAACUCGUCUCUUUUAGCCACCAAUCAUCAUAUGUGUUUCCGCACUAGACCGGGUUCAUGUCGGAUCAAUGUCCCUAUUCGUGGCUUGCUAUGUACUACAUCUAUGUGGCUCAAAGAUAGAUAUAAUGAUUUCAAGGCAAUGGUUUAUAACCCUAGCACAGGACAGACCAUAACAUUACCCAACUUGAUAACAAGUUGGAAUCAUGCGAGAGCCCAAUUAGGGUAUGAUCCAAUCAACAAGCAAGUCAAGAAUCUUGUUGCGGAUACAAGGUUGAAAUUUGUCGGCAUGACUAGUAAUGGUGAAAUUGUGUUUUCUCCGCUCGGUUUAUCUGAUCCUUUCUACAUUUUCUACUACAAUAUGGAUAAGAAUACUGUCGUAAGAGUUAAAAUCCAAGGAAUUGGACCCGUUAGUGGUCAAGACAUCUACACUUUUGUAGACCACGUUGAAGAUGUGAAGCUUAUAACGUGA